AACAUCUCUCCCUUCACAUACGGUAUGGGUAUCUCCCAGGUCUACGACAAAGGCCAAGUCUUUGCACCGUCGGUUUUGGACAUCGACGACGAACAGCUUUUGGCCAGCUUUUUGAAUGCCGUCAAGACUCUAGCAACCAUCUCUUUGGCUGUAAACUACCCUACCCUGCCAUCGGUUAUUCACAGUUUGGUCAACUCUUACAAGAAGGCCAUUGCUGUCGCUUUGGAGACCGAAUACUCCUGGGAGGCGAUUGAUGAGCUCAAGGACAGGAUUGCCAACCCUGAGGCUUACGCUUCUGCUGGCCCUGCUCCUGGUGCCACUGCCGCUGAGGACAGCAAGCCAGAGGCUAAGGAGGAGGAGAAGGAAGACGAGGAGUCGGAGGAUGAGGGUGGGUUCGGUGAUUUGUUCGGUUAAAAUAAUUUUUAGACGAAAUGGUAUCACGAACUUGAGUAAAAUAUAAUUAUUCAAUCCUUUCUUCCA